AUGCGGCUCGACGGCUAUACCAUAACUGAGUCCCGAAUCGACUUUGUAGGUAAAGGACCUCAAGUGCCCAGGGGAGGUCCUCCGCCAAUCGGACUAGCCCAGGUCUUGCUGGGUCAGAACCACGACAAGAAGACAUCCAUGGCAACCGAAGAGCCCUCGACCAACUUCCGACUCAUUCCGGUCAACGCGACGGGUUGGUGUUCUGGCCAGCCAGCACGACCUGAGCCUGACGGACCUGCCUUACCCGGGGAGGACGUCAUGGAGUACCCACCAACACUGCCGCAGGCUUCGCAGUCACAGACAUGGACGCAGGACUGCAGAGUCCCCGUGGCAGUGUCGAGGGUUGGAAGAAAGAUGUUUGCACCCCAGAGCUUCCGAAUUUGCAUCGGAAAUUCAAUCCUGGAAGAAGUUAGUUCAUUUCAAUAUCUGGGAGUAACAUUAGAUUCUCAUCUUCAUUGGCAACAGCACAUUAUAAAUACAUGUAAAAAGUUAACGUACGCUUGUUAUGUCUUACUGAAGGCAAGACAAUGCUUUGACACUCCCACGAUAAAACUUAUAUAUUUUGCUAUAUUUCAUAGUCAUUUAACAUAUUGUAUUGAGGCCUGGGGCGUAACUUAUGACACUUACCUUUUGCCAUUGAUUAAAUUACAGAAGAGAGCCCUCAGAAUCUUGACAUACUCCCACUAUUCCCAACCGUCUCAUAUUAUAUUUCAUCAACUUCACAUUUUCACAUUUCUGGAAAUUAAACAAUAUAAGAUUGCUUGCUUAAUAAAUAAUAUUUUAAAAUCAAACAAUCCACUGCCAGCGAACAUCUUAAUUAAGGGUAACCGAUUAACAAGGGCGAACACAUCUGGUCACUUUAACAUACCACGGUCUCGUAACGUAUACGGCGAGCGACUGAUGCAAUCAUGCGGAACUAAAAUCUGGAACACUUUACCAUCUUCAGUCACCCAGUCAGGCAACUUUAACAGCGCUUUGAAAUACUAUAUUUUUUUAAAUAAAACAUGCCUCCCACCAUCCUGA